GUUCCGUUCGACACUCAUCAGAAUCCGAAAAUCACGAUUAACCGGCAUGAAAAACCCUCGACUCUAGUCUCCGAUUUCACUCCGCGAAACCAUGCGGAUCAUGAAUCGUAUCAGCUUGCCGAUUAUAUAUAGCUUCAUCUCUUAGUUGUGCGUCACAUUUUCUUCAAUGGCGUCUUCGAAUUCUCUCAUGGACAGCUUGUUCCAGCGAAGCCUCGAGGAUCUGAUCAAAGGUAUACGUCUCCACCUACUCGGAGAAUCCUCUUUCAUUUCUAAAUCCGUAGAUGAAAUCCGAAGCGAGAUCAAAUUGACAGACCUCUCCACGAAAUCCAUCGCGCUACAGAAACUCUCCUACCUCGCCGCACUCCACGGCGUCGAUAUGUCUUGGGCAGCGUUCCACGCCGUCGAGGUCGUGUCCUCGUCUCGCUUUGGAGAUAAGAGGAUCGGUUACCACGCCAUUGCUCAGUCAUUCAGCGAUCAGACUCCGGUUCUGCUUCUGAUCACAAACCAGCUCCGGAAGGAUUUGAAUAGUUCGAACGAGUACGAGGUGAGUCUAGCUCUGGAAUGUUUGUCUAGGAUUGGAGCUGAUGAUCUAGCUAGGGAUUUAACUUCUGAGGUUUUUACGCUCUUGGGUAGUAGUAAGGCUUUUGUUAGGAAGAAAGCUAUCGGUGUGGUUUUGAGGGUUUUCGAUAAGUAUCCUGAUGCUGUUAAGGUGUGUUUGAAGCGUCUUGUUGAGAAUCUGGACAGCUCUGAUCCGCAUAUUCUGUCAGCUGUGGUUGGAGUGUUCUGUGAACUCACCACAAAAGAUCCAAGAUCUUAUCUUCCUUUAGCUCCUGAAUUUUACAAGAUUCUGGUAGAUUCGAGGAACAAUUGGGUUCUGAUCAAGGUUCUUAAAAUAUUUGCUAAGCUAGCUUUGAUCGAGCCUAGGUUGGCUAAGAAAGUGGCUGAUCCUAUCUGUGAACAUAUGAGGAGGACUGUGGGAAAAUCUUUGCUGUUUGAGUGUAUUAGAACAGUACUGAGUAGCUUGAGCGAUCAGGAAUCAGCUUUGAAACUUGCAGUUGCAAAAAUUAGGGAUUUUCUUGUGGACGAUGAUCCGAAUCUCAAGUAUCUCGGUCUUCAUGCCUUGUCGAUUGUUGCUCCAAAGCAUUUAUGGGCAGUUUUGGAGAACAACGAAGCUGUCGUCAAGGCUCUGAGCGACGAGGAUCUAAAUGUUAAACUUGAGGCUUUGCAUCUUUUGAUGGCAAUGGUGAAUGAAGAGAAUGUGUCUGAGAUCUCUCGAAUUCUUAUGAAUUAUGCUCGUAAGUCUGAUCCUUUGUUCUGCAACGAGGUUAUAACUUCUCUUCUACUGGCAUGCUCCCGGAACUCAUAUGAGAUCGUAGUUGACUUUGAUUGGUAUUUGUCUCUUCUAGGUGAGAUGGCUAGAAUCCCACAUUGUCAAAGAGGUCAAGAAAUUGGGCAUCAGAUGAUUGAUAUUGGUACGAGGAUCAAAGAUGUCAGACUGGAGCUAGUUCGUGUUUCUCGAUCUCUGCUUAUUGAUCCUGCAUUGCUUGGUAAUCAGUUCAUGCACCCAAUAUUGUCCGCUGCUGCUUGGGCUUCAGGGGAAUAUGUUGAAUUCUCUAAGACCCCUUAUGAAAUUGCAGAGGCGCUUCUGCAGCCACGUACUUCUCUCUUACCUCCUUCAAUUAGAGCAAUCUACAUUCAUUCCACUUUCAAAAUUCUUGUCUUUAGUCUCAGAGGGUACUUCACGGCCCAGGAGCCCAUUUCCCCGCCCUUGGUUCAGGAGUCUACUAGUUCUGGCUCCUCAGCUGUGAAUUGUUUUACAUACAAAUCUAUAUCAAGUCUGAUGAAUAUGAUUGAGUUGGGGUUACGCUCGUUAUCUGGAACCCUAGAUGUUGAAGUGCAGGAGAGAGCUAAGAACGUUCUGGGAUUUAUUGGUAUGAUAGAGCAUGAAAUUGCUGAGAAAGUAACCGGCCAAGACAACGAAACAGCAGUUUCUAGCGCCAUAGUAUUCAUGGAAGAUGUCUUCUCAGACGAGCUUGGCCCUGUUUCUUCAACUGCACAGGAAAAAGUACCCUUACCGGAUGGAUUAGAGAUCAAAGAGAAUCUUGAGGAUCUACAAGAGAUUUGUGGAGAGUUUCUCAAACCAAUAUUUGAAUCAAAUUCAAAUACGAACUCAUUCUCUGCCUCAGACAAAAUCAGCUUCUCUGUUACCAAACUUAGUAUCAGAGAUCAACAAGAAGCCUCAUCUUCUUCAUCUCCUCCACCUGAAUCUGCAUCCUUACUCGCAGAACACAGAAAACGCCAUGAUCUGUACUAUCUCUCCUCUCAGAAGAAAGACGAGCACAAUGAUAGCAAUGGCAACAACAACACGCUGAACGAAUACCCACCAGCAAAUGAGAUUUCAGGGGACUCAUUUAACCCCAAGAAGAAGAUGAACCAAUCAAAACCGAGACCUGUAGUGGUGAAACUGGACGAAGGAGAUGAUGACUUAAAGACGAAGCCAAACGCUAGUAGUAAUGAUGAACCUCUGUCUCGAGCUAUCCAGACAGCUCUAAUGGGGAAAGGGAUGGGAAAGGAAAGAGAAAAAGACAACCACGAGAAAAUUCUUGAUUCAGGAAUCAAAGAGCAGAGCUCGGGAAAAGAGAAGAAGACGAAAAAGAAAAAUGGCGAGAAAAGUAGUAAGCAUAGAUCACGACGACGAUCUGACAAAGAAGCAAGUGCAGCGAAACCAGUAGAAAUCGUAGAUUUUCUCUUAUGAGUAGUUAGUUGGAGUUUGUGUCUCUCAGACCAGACAAGAUGGUGUGCUCUUUUGUAUAUACAGUGAUUUUCAUGUACCCAUAAUUGAUUCUUUUGUGGAUAUGAAAUAUGUUUUUCAUUU